GAUUGAGUUUCUAAGUGCUUGUGCUCUGGAGUUGUCUCUCUCCGAGACAGCUGAUUAUAUUCGCUGUUCUCCACUGUCUUGUGUCAGAGCACUGUGGUAUUCACAGGAAGUUACACGGUUUCAUUGGUGGCUCCCGGUUUUCUGCCCGAAGUUGUGCACGGUGUUUUAUAUGCAGAUAUGAUGUUCCAUAGUAUUUGAGUGAUUUGAUGAGGCAGUGCAGGAAGCUGAUAUGAAGUUGUUUGUGCUCAAGUGAUCUGAAGACAACUGCCUAUCGUCUACAGAUUUUCUUGACUCAGCCAGAUAAUCUGAAUAUGCCCCGAAGUCCAACGUCAAGUGAAGAUGAGAUGGCACAGAGCUUUUCCGACUCUUCAAUGGAAUCAGAAUCUGACAGCUCCAAAGAGGAAACCAUCUAUGAGACUAUAAAAGCCACCACUGAGAAGCCAGUCAGCAGAAUGGAAGACAUACAGAACAACACUCUGGUCAUCCGCAUUAUCAUGCCUGAUCUACAGCAGACGAAAUGUAUGAGGUUUAACCCUGAUGCUACAGUGUGGGUUGCUAAGCAACGGAUCCUGUGCACGCUGAACCAGAGUUUGAAAGAUGUCCUGAACUACGGCCUGUUUCAACCUGCCAGCAACGGACGAGAUGGGAAGUUCUUGGAUGAGGAACGGCUCCUUAGAGAAUACCCACAACCAAUCAACAAAGGAGUCCCAUCUUUAGAGUUUCGUUACAAGACGAGAGUCUACAAGCAAGCAAAUGUUGACGAGAAACAAUUUGCCAAACUGCACACAAAGGCCAACUUAAGAAAAUUUAUGGACCACAUACAUCAUUGUCAGAUGGAUAAAAUUAUCAAGAUGCUUGAAAGAGGACUGGACCCUAAUUACCAUGAUCCAGAAACUGGUGAAACUCCACUCACCUUUGCAGCUCAUCUUGACAACUCGGUAGAUGUCAUAAAAGCUUUGAAAAACGGAGGAGCUCAUUUAGACUUCAGAGCUAGAGAUGGGAUGACAGCUCUGCACAAAGCUGCUAAGUCAAAGAAUCAAGUGGCUCUUACGACACUUUUAGAAUUGGGAGCUUCCCCAGACUACAAAGACAGCCGUGGGCUUACUGCCUUGUACCACACUGCCAUGGUAGGGGGGGACCCCUAUUGCUGUGAGUUACUGCUGCACGAACACACCACUAUUAGCUGCAAGGAUGAGAAUGGAUGGCAGGAAAUCCACCAGGCAUGUCGUUAUGGGCAUGAUCAACAUCUGGAGCAUCUGUUGUUCUACGGGGCUGACAUGAGUGCUCAGAACGCAUCUGGAAACACUGCUCUGCACGUCUGUGCACUUUACAAUCAGGAUAGCUGUGCAAGAGUUCUACUGUUCCGUGGAGCCAACAAGGAGAUUAAGAAUUACAACAGCCAAACCCCAUUCCAGGUGGCUAUCAUAGCAGGGAAUUUUGAACUGGCAGAAUUCAUCAAGAAUCACAAAGAAACGGAUAUUGUGCCUUUCCGAGAGGCACCGUCUUACACCAAUCGACGGAGGGGACCCCAGAACACUCUGGCAGCGCCCCGAGUCUUGCUGCGCUCCAACAGUGACAACAACCUGAACAUCAGUAACAUCCCGGACUGGUCGGCCUUGUCCUCCUCAGCAGCAGCAGCAGCAGCAGCAUCUUCACACCGCAGCCUUUCCCCACAAUUGCUUCAGCAGAUGCAGAACAACCCCAAUGGCACUGUAAAGACAGUCGGGAGUGGCGGCAGGGGUCCUCGCAGCCGCUCACCAUCAUUAAACCGACUGGGGGAGGAGGCCAAGAGGCAGCCCCACAGGCAGAUCAGUCCUAAUGCAAACCAGGAGGCACUGUCAGGGCUGGAUUACCAAGGACCCAAACGCAAGCUUUACAGUGCCGUGCCGGGGAGGCACUUUUUAGUUGUGAAGCCAUAUCAUCCUCAAGAAGAUGGGGAGAUACCUCUAUACAAAGGCGACAGGGUAAAAGUUCUCAGUAUUGGCGAGGGAGGGUUCUGGGAAGGCAGUGCUCGGGGGCGCGUGGGAUGGUUUCCUGCAGAAUGUGUGGAAGAAAUUCAGACAAAGCCAAAUGAAAGUAAACCAGAAACCCGAACGGACAGAUCAAAGAAGCUUUUCAGGCACUACACUGUUGGAUCCUAUGAUAGCUUUGAUGCAUCAAGUGACUGCGUUAUUGAUGAGAAGACAGUGGUCCUGCAGAAAAAGGACAAUGAGGGAUUUGGAUUUGUGCUUCGAGGGGCCAAAGCUGAUACCCCCAUUGAGGAGUUCACCCCGACUCCUGCUUUCCCUGCACUGCAGUACCUGGAGUCGGUCGAUGAGGGUGGGGUGGCCUGGCAGGCAGGGCUCAGGACCGGCGACUUCCUCAUCGAGGUUAAUAACGAAAAUGUAGUGAAAGUCGGCCACAGGCAGGUGGUCAACAUGAUUCGGCUGGGAGGGAAUCACCUGAUUAUAAAGGUGGUGACUGUAAGCAGGAAUAUGGAUCCAGAAGACACAGCUCGAAAGAAAGCACCACCACCACCAAAGAGGGCUCCAUCAACUGCAUUGAGCAUGCGGUCUAAGUCUAUGACCUCAGAGCUUGAGGAGCUAGCCACCAUGAGGAAAAAGAAGGGUGAUGCUCAGCCUUCAAAUAUUGAGGGUCUGAAGAAGAGGAUUGUUUUUCAAGUCACACUAAACAAGGUGGAUGAAACCAUGCCUGCCUCUAAGCCUAGCAGAACCGGAGACAAUGUGUCAGUCGACAUGAGGGUUGCCACCAUUAAACAACGUCCCUCAAGCAGGUGUUUCACUGCUGUGACCGACAUGAAUUCAAUGUACGAUCGACAAGGUAUUGCUGUUGUGCCGCCCACAGUUCCAGGAAGUCCUAGGAGCCCUUUCCUGGGAGUGCCGCGGGGUACCAUGCGCCGGCAGAAAUCAAUAGGAAUAACAGAGGAGGAAAAGCAGUUCCUAACCCCGCCAUUGCUGAAAUUUACCAGGAGCCUCUCCAUGCCAGACACGUCAGAGGAUAUUCCACCUCCACCAGAAACCUCCCCACCAUCUCCCCCUUACAACACCCCCAAAUCUCCGACAACGAGAGGCUAUGGCACAAUCCGACCUGGCUCCACCCAGAACUCUUCAUCCAAAGGCCCCACUUCCAACAGAUCAGAAAAUGUUGGGACCAUGAGGAAAGACAAAGGGAUGUACUGCAGACAAGAUUCUGAACAAUAUGACGCAGAGGAAACUUACAAGCAAAAUGCUUCUUCGCAGCAGAACUUCAGAAACCGAAAGGGACACAUGCCAGAAAACCCCUAUUCCGAAGUAGGGAAGAUGGGGAACAAGGCAAUGUAUGUGCCUGCCAAGCCAGCCAGAAGGAAGGGGAUGCUGGUUAAACAAUCUAAAGUGGAGGACAGCCCGGAAAAGACAUGCUCGAUUCCGAUUCCGACUAUCAUCAUCAAAGAACCAUCCACCAGCAGCAGUGGGAAGAGCAGCCAAGGCAGCAGCAUGGAGAUCGACACCCAAAUGACAGAACAGCCGGGGCAUCUCAGGCCUGACAGCUUGAAUUUCACCAGUCCAUUUGCAGCUGCCAUAGCUGGGGCAGUGAGGGACAGGGAAAAGAGACUGGAAUCCAGUCGGAAUUCCCCAGCUUUCCUUUCCACAGACAUGGGCGAUGAGGACAUAGGGCCUACACCAACCCCAAGGCUCAGGCAUUCCAAAUCCAUCGACGAGGGAAUGUUUAGCAAUGAUGAACGUUUAAAAAAUCUGAUGACGCCCGCCCUGCUGGAGCUCCCUCGAGGUAAUGUUACUGCCUUCAGCACACCUGAACUGUCCCGUCCAAGGGAUCCUAGUAACACAAGGACAGUGAAUACCCCUUCUAAAGCUGAGAGUUCAGAUAACAGUGCGGGAGCUAUGAAAAAUUACAAUACAAAUGGAGGUAAUUAUGUGCAUCCAGUAACAGGCAAGGUGCUGGACCCUAAUUCACCCUUGGCUCUUGCCCUGGCCGCAAGGGACCGCGCAAUGAAGGAACAAAUACAGCCACCCCCUGCCAAAAAUGAGCCAGGGAAGGCAGACCUUAACAAACCACUCUUCAUCGACACCAAAAUGAGGUCGAAUAUAGAGAACACCUUCCCUGUGAUGGCCACCAUGAGCCGGCCAACCAAGAAGGGAGGUCUUCGGAGGCAAAUGACUGAAGCCAAGUAUGACAUAGAGCCAGCAAAAGAGGAGAAGAAGCCAGAGGAGAAAAAGAACAUGCUGAUCAACAUUGUGGAUACCUCACAGCAGAAGUCAGCAGGGUUACUGAUGGUGCACACCGUGGAUGGAGUUAAAGCAGAGGAGAACAACCUCUCAGAAAAUGAAAAGGAGGAAGAGGCUGUGACUCCUGACAACGCACCAGCAGAGCUGCGAGACACUAACCAGGUGGUCACGGAAAACAAGCCGCAAGGGCUAAACCCCCAAGCCGCUGCAACUCCUGCCAAAACCAUCAUCACUAUUAGCUCAGUGGACGAGCCAGUUGUUUUGCCCUUCCGUAUCCCACCUCCCCCUCUGGCUUCAGUAGACAUCGAUGAGGAGUUUGUUUUUACAGAGCCUCUGCCUCCCCCACUGGAGUUUGCCAACAGCUUCGAUAUUGCAGAGGACCAAGCAGCAGCCCUCUCAUUAGCUGAUUUGCUAAAGCAGAGGAAAAAUGAAGCAUCUGGCCCGACCUUGGCACCAUACAACCCCCAUGCGGUGGCAGCGGCUAACGCGAUGGAAAACAAAAAGCCUCUUGGCCUCUCGAACUGUGUGCCUCCUACCUUUGUGCCGCCACCCCCCGAGAAUUUUGACAACGUCACGGACUCCGGGAUCGAGGAGGUGGAUAGUCGGAGCAGCAGCGACCAUCACUUGGAAACAACCAGCACUAUCUCAACGGUGUCCAGCAUCUCCACUCUGUCCUCUGAGUGCGGAGAGAACCUGGACACCUGUACUGUCUAUGCAGAUGGGCAAGCAUUUCUGGUUGACAAGCCUCCCGUACCUCCAAAACCAAAAAUGAAGCCCAUAAUUAACAAAAGCAAUGCACUUUACAAGGAUGCCCUAAUUGAAGAAAAUGUUGACACUUUUGUGAUCCCUCCCCCAGCCCCUCCCCCACCCCCAGGAGGUGCUCAGGCAGAUGCUCUUAAAAUCACACAGCAAAGGACCUCAAAGCUCUGGGGUGACCCACCAGAGGUACAAAGCCCACCUACCCCAGACCCCAAGGCCAAUAUCAUUAGUGAACUGAACUCAAUAUUGCAGCAAAUGAACAGGGACAGGACUACCAAGCCAGGAGAUUCUUUGGAUUCUCCCACAGGGUCCAGAACAACUAACUUUGGAGCAAGGGUUGCAGAUGGAACAGUUACUGCCUCAGGUACACAGCGGAACACUAUGGCCACUUUCACAGUCCGUCCAGGAUCAAACCAGCCAGUGACAGCACAGAACAGGAACCCAGAUAGCAAGACAGGAACGAGAAGAGCGCCCAGUCCCAUGGUCUCUCCAACGGAGUCGAUCACUGAAGUGAGGGCUUCCUCCCUCCCGCCCUCGGCCUCCUCACCCACACUGACAGACGUCUUUGGCACCUCUGCCCCACAGACUCCCGUGGAGAGGUUCAGCCUGGGUGCAGGCCGCAGCAGGCCCCCUUCUCCUGCGACUUCAAUCCAGCCAGUUUCCAACAAGCCUUUUUCAACCAAGCCAGUCCAUCUAUGGACUAAGCACGAUGUAGCAGACUGGCUGGAAAGCCUCAAUCUGGCAGAGCAUAAGGACACCUUUAUGGACAACGAGAUUGAUGGGACCCACUUACCAAACUUACAAAAAGAAGAUUUAAUAGAUCUAGGAGUGACUAGAGUCGGGCAUCGAAUGAACAUAGAAAGAGCAUUGAAACUGCUUUUAGACAGAUAGGAAUGGGCGAUUCUUACCUGCAGGACUCCAUGCUUCAAAGUUCAUCCAUCGUUCAUUUGAUUUCAAGUGUGUAAUUAUAUUCACAUUGGUUCAUAUUGGAGUAUAUGAAUUAUCAUAUCCUUAAGAGCUACAAUUUGAAAUAAUUGUACAGUUCAUUAAUAAGCACAAUAAUUCUAAUGAAAGUGAGUGGUUGUUACAUUGAGCAGCCUUCCACCACUGCAGAGGGAAGAAAAAAAAACCCUGAAAUUCCUUUUUAGUGAUUUAAUAGAAACUUUUGCUUUGGAAUAAUAAGGACUUUUUAAUCAACUUCAUUUGGAUGCACCCGAACCAGCAGAGCUGUACUACGUUUUCUAUCUUUGUUAGAAUUUCUUCAGAAUAAGAAUAUUUCUUCAACAAAAGGGUUAUAUUAACAAUGCAAGCUGUUCAGAAAAUUGUCUCGCUCCUCACCUAUUUCUCUGGAAAGAAGAUCCAGCUAAAAUAUAUGCUAAGCCCAUUUAUUUUUCCCAGCAUUGUGGUGUUCUACUUUGGGGGGGAAGAAAUAUUUUUUGCAUCUAUUUCACAAUUAUAGGGGCACAAUUGUAGCAGUUAUGCUUUGUCUUUUCUUUCUCGUUCUGUUUUUUUUUUUUUGUUUGGAGAUUUUUUUUUUCAAUUCAGUAUAUCUAUUCAAGGCAUUUGAGUGUCUGAAAAGUGUAAAAUGUAAAUUAAUCAUUAUUGUCUUCCAUAAGAGUGCAGGUGAAUGAUAAAGAGUAGUGAACUCCAAGGGCCAUUGUUUUCACUUCUUUUUAUUUUUAAGUAUGACAUUUGUUCUUCAAAGAUGUGCCAGAAAACAUGUAUUCUAGUAACCAAAAUUACGUUUUCUAGACAUUUUUGAGCCACUCCCCCAAGACUAAUCUGUACAUCCUGUUAUUUUUAGUCAGGCGUAUUGCUAGACAAUUCAGUGAGUGGCCCUUUCUCAUUUAGUUUUAUUCUUUAAAGAGAUUUGUGAAGUUAAGAACUUUAUGAGAUUGUAGAUAAAGAGAGACCACACACUAACUUUGCUUUAAAAAGAGGUUGAAUUUAAUUCUUUAGUGCAGCAUUAUAGAAAAUAUUGCUAGUUACAAAAAGGCCAGGUACAGUAUCCACUGUCAGUUGUCAGUCAGUCCUGGAGUAUAUAUACCUACACUAUAUUGUGCAGCUGCUGUGUGGGUAUGGAGUGAUCUUGAGAUCUUAUGCUGCAAUCCAAACAUAGAUACAAAAAUAUUCACCAGAUGCGGUUUACAGCAUCCACCUUGUAAAGCAUUGUGUUUAUUGAACUGAUGACUCAUCUUGAAAAUGGAGGUCUAAGACAGGAGAGAAUAGCUGUGUGUAAAGGGGUUAUAUGUUUCUGUUGAUAAUUAAAACCACGCUGGAAUAUGCUAGGUGACCUGAGCACUUUCAGAACUUUCUUAAAUAUGAGGCAUCUGAGGUGCAUGGUGAUCCUCAGCUGUAUAUUCAGAUCCCUGGCUUGUGAUAUAAUAUUACAUUUCAGUGGCUUAUGGUAGAUGCUCUUUGGCGAUCACGCUUUCCUGACGUCUUUCUCAAAGAAUUAUGUAAGUGGAUUAAAUCGCUUUCUUAAUAUUUUUGGCUUUUUCACAUUAAAGAUAGCUCUGACCCAAAUUACUUGGAUCGGGCUUAAAUCGCUGAUCUCAAACACAUUGCAUUGUAAAACUUCAUUAUAAUUGCAAAAUCAGUUUACACAAAAAUGUAAAAAACACUGAAUGUGUUCAGCUAAGAACAGUUUGUUUUAAAUAUAGCACACACUGAGUUGUUCUUAAUCAGAGAUUUAACACAAAAUAUGUAUUUUUUAAAUUUUUGUUAAAGGGUCCCACUGUCAUGAAAGACCAUGUCUUUGUUAUUUCCGAAGAAUCGCAUGUGCUGGGCACAAAUGUAAACUGGUCAGUCCCUUCUGUGUCAAAAUUGAGAAUAUUGAGCGGUGCUUCAUAAUGUGGCGUCUUCGCUGGUUAAGCAAGCAACAGGUAUGCAAUGCAGAGGAAUAUAUCUCAAAGCCAUACAGACGUGACUCCUAUGAUAGUUUUUACAUUUGUGCUCUUCAUUUGUGUGGUGCAUUGGAGAAGGAAACAGUCGUGGUUUUGAAUCCAUAAAAGAAAAAAAAAAGGCUUUUAUUAAAUAUACUGCUUUUAUAUAUAAAGGCUCCUCCAGAAGUUCAGCACAAUAAAAAGGCAUGAAGCUAGUUGUUAUCUGAGCUGUUCUUUGAAAGCGUGCAGGGUUUUAACAACAGGCUGUGUUCCUUUUCCAGGUCUGAGACAACAGCAACUUUCAAACUAGUCCCUUCUGUGUGAAAAGUAUUCCUGCUGUAAGAGUGGGUUAGUCCAGGGGUUCCCAAACUGUGUGUCGCAGUCCAGAGUGGGCCGUGGGAGCAACAAUAUUCUAUGUAUUUUUUUUUAAUACAUAUAAUAACAAAAGGCAACAAUAAAAUACUAAAUGAAGAAAAAAAUCAGAUUCAAAUGAAAAAAAGAACAAUUUAGAUUAACUUUAUUUACAGUGUUACAAGGUUUAAAAAUGUUUAAUUUGUAUUUUUUUCUAAGAAAUGCUAAUAGUGGGCCUCAGGUAAUAGUUUGGGAGCACCUGGGUUAGUCGGGUUUAUGUGAGUAAAGCUGAAUUACCCAUGUGUACUUUUAAUAUAUUGCUAAAAAGGACAUUUUCUGGGGGCUCCCGAGUGGCGCAUCCAGUAAAAGCACUCGCUAGAGUGCAGGAUGCUCUCUAUAGUCUGGACGUCGCCGGUUCGAGUCCAGGCUAUUCCACAGCCGACCGUGGACGGGAGCUCCCAGGGGGCGGCGCUCAAUCGGCCGAGCGUCGCCCGGGGGAGGGAGGUUUAGGUCGGCCAGGGUGUCCUCGGCUCACCGCGCACCAGCGACCCCUGUAGUCUGGCCGGGCGCCUGCGGGCUUGCCUGUAAGCUGCCCAGAGCUGCGUUGUCCUCCGACGCUGUAGCUCUGAGGCGGCUGCACGGUGAGUCUGCAGAGUGUAAAGAAGCGGGCGGCUGACAGCACACGCUUCGGAGGACAGCGUGUGUUCAUCUUCGCCCCUCCCGAGUCAGCGCAGGGGUGGUAGCGGUGAGCUGAGCCUAAAAAUAAUUGGGCAUUCCAAAUUGGGGAGAAAAUAAUUGGCAACGACUACAUUUUUUUAAAAAAAAAGAAAAAACCCCCCAAAAAAACAACGUUUUCUCCAUAAUGACAUACUGGAUGUAAAAGUUGACAGAUGUAAACAACACCAAUCAUAAGAUUUAUAAAUAUUAAUCCUGGAAAGGGAAUACAGCCCUCCUAUAAGAGGAUUUACAAGACAAGCUGCUAACUAAAUAAUUUUUAAAUAGAUCUUAUUUUAAAAACAACAGAGCUUCAACAAAGCACAGUAUUUUUAAUGAUUUAUAGUAUAUUAUAUGGAAUUUUAUAAAGGUAUGUGGAACUAAGGCUUCUGCAUCCACUUUGGAGUAUGGUUUGCCAAUAUAUAUAUAUAUAUAUAUAUAUAUAUAUAUAUAUAUAUAUAAUAUAUAUAUAAAAGAUAAAGCCCUAAAGAUGUAUUUAAUUAUAUAUAUAAUUCAAUUUAUGAGGUACAAAAUUUAAAAGCAAUAUUUAUAUUGAAAGGAUCAGCCUGGUCAUUAUUUUUAAGUUUAUUCAUUCUCUCUCCAAAUGCUACAAUCCCUAAUUUAAACUCUUUUUUAUUGUACACGACACAAGUUUUGGCAUAUGACACAUUGAAGUAACUGGUGAUGGUAAUUCACCUGCAUCUUUUACAUAUUGUAAUUACAAUUUGAAAAUUAAAAUUGCUUAGUAUGUGUAUAAUGUGUGUAUAAAUUACCAAAAUCUCACAGGAUGUAAAUUAUGUAAAACCUUCCAGGCCCCAUUUAUAGCAAAGGGUCUGGGCACAUUUUACGCUAACAUAUAUAUUUAAAGAAAAUGACUAGCUGUGACUGUUGACAAAUUGAUUUUUUUGGAAUUACAUAUCACUAAGCUCAUUUAUUUGCGGAACUAAUUUUAGAGCAAAAUAGUGGAUGUGUUGAGUUCUAAAUAAAUUAACUAUCGCCCAGUUGAUCUGGCAAUGAUUAUGUCUGUGUGUCACAAAUCUCAUUGCUAUCCUCUUAGAGGACAAUUUAAAUUUGGGUUCUUCUUUCUUUUACUGAUUCUUCAUAGAUAUUAACAUGUUUCUCGCUCUAUUUUGUGUAAAGACCUGUGUUCAUGUUAUAUAUGUUGCUGUAAUUUUGUGCUACAAAAAAAUCCUCUUUAGGUUUAAUUUAUAUAUAUAUAUAAAAAAAAAUUUAAUAAAGAAAGAGAAGUUCCUGUAACUGCACUUUCCCCCAAAUCCUCAAUACUACUGUAUGGCAACCAAAAUUACUGUAAGAAAUAAAUAUAAUAAUGCUC